AUGGAACGUCUCUUGGUGAGCAUCGAAAAAGCGCCGGAUGCCAAAAACGUCACGGGCUUGGUGGAGGCGGUCUAUGUGGCGAAAGGUAAUUACAAUCACUUUUAAUUUUCCAUUUUAUUAUCUUAAAAUAUAGAUGUUUUUUUUGCAAAAUUUUUUUUUUUAAUUUGCCUUUAGUCUGUCGGGAAAAUAAUGAGCACAAUGUUGAUGCAUCGAUCGCGUCGCUGAAGGGAAAAAAUGGUUUCAUCACAAUUCAUUUUCUUCGGCGGUGAUGCGAUUUUCGCUGCGACAGAGUGCUCAUUAUUUUCCCGACAGACCUAUACAUACAUUAGACAUGACUCAUGUCCCAAUGACUUAAAUUUUAGUUCAUAUUUAGUGUACAGGCACAGCUGAGAUAUUGAACAAUUUUCGCAGCCGAGAGAGUACGCGAAACGCGGAGAGCCUUAAGAAAAAAACUUUUUUCUGGGAAGCAUUAACAAUUUUCCGUCGGAAUAGGCACGAAACUAUUCCAAAAUUCGCAUGAAGCCAACUUCUGAGAUAUCAGUCUGUCGGGAAAAUAAUGAGCUCUCUGUCGCAUCGAAAAUCGCAUCGCCGCGGAGAAAAUGAACAGUGUCGCGGCACAAUCAAAUUUCUUUUCACUUCAGUGCUACAUUGUGCCCGUUAUUUUCCCGACAGGUGAUAGUUUAUAUUACAGUGCAUGUGUGAAAUGACACAAGCGACAUUGCGACUGUACGAUUUAAAAAAAAUUUGUCUAAUUUUAAGAAUCUACAGUGGCGGACCUGAUCCAGUGGCAAAAAACGUACCAUUUUGCAUCCGGGAAGUAUCAAAAAUGUGGCAAAAUGCCUCCCUCUCCAUGUGAAAAAGCUCCGAUUUCAAAUGCGCGCCCACUUUUUUUGUGAACGAAAGGGCGCGCAGUUCAAAACGGAUUUUUUUUAGUUGGAGAGGGAGGCAUUUUGCCGCAUUUUUGACACUUCCCGGAUGCAAAAUGAUACGUCUUUUGCCACUGGAUCAGCUCCCUCACUGUACAAUUUUCAGAGUCCAUAAAAAUCCCGGCGGUUCCGAUCCCGGAAAAGCGGAAAAAAUGCUUUCACAUCUUCGACCUCAUCCUCAACUCCAACAAACAAAAGCUGGUCCCACUGGCCGUCGAGGGCCUGCAACAACUUCUCCGGGACUCCGCACUGCUCUCGGAGUCGGCCACAAAAAAGGCGGAGGAUUCGCUGUGUUCGCAGAUGCUUCGAUGCCUCAAGCCGCUGCCCCAAUGGGACAAGCAAUAUCAAUGUCAGAUCUUAACUGUGAGUUGGCAAUCCAGUAAUAAAUGAUUUUUUCUAGAUCAUUGUGCAAGUCAUAUCGUUGAAUGAAGUGACCGUCAACCUAAGCGAUGUGCACGAGGCUUUACAGGUAAGAGCGUUGAUGUGUAGCGCUUAAUAUCAGUCUGUCAGGAAAAUAAUGACCACAAUGUUGCUGCGCCGAUUGCGCCGCUGAAGCGAAGAGAAAUUUUAUUUUGUCAUUACACAAUUCGUUUUCCUGGUAGCGAUGCGAUCUUCGAAAAGUCGGGAUUCAAAAAGAACCAAAAAUUUAGGCUGUUUGUUUGCUAAUUCACCCAUCUCUUCUGUACAAUAUCUAUGCAGUUUCACAAAGAAUAUGCGCCUCCUCCGUCGCCGCGCAAAAUUAUUUCUUGAGUGCAAGAGUUGACCUGUCAAGGAAAGAGUUGACCCAUCAAGGAAACACUUGACCCACCUCCAUUGCCGCAAUCCCUCUAUGGAAACGACUGCUUUCAAUUGCAGAUCUGCACAUCCACCUUCUCCAGUGAAGACACGAGUGUUCGACUGGCCGUGCGCGCCGCCAUCACCCAAAUGCUGAACUCGUUUUGCUCAAACCGGCAUUGCAAGAUAAUCCGGCAAGCGUCCGUUGAAUCCAUGUGCCAAAGCAACCACAAUCAAGAGGAGAUUGCGGUCUUCAUGGAAAUGCAGGCGUUGCUGUCGAAGGUCCACGAAAAGCUCGCAUCCGCGCAGUCCGCCGAGGACCUGCAAUUGGCGCUGGAUUCGGUGUACAGUAUUCUCAGCGCUCAGCCGGGGAACUGCUUCAAAUACAUGCCUUUGUACAAUGUUUUAAGGUUGGUAAAAUACGAGGCGUUUUCUUAAAUAAUGACUGACUGAUGAACAGCAAUUUUGCAGUACUGAACUAGUGCCAUCAAUGCUGUGCCUUUUACACUCCUCGGACGAACGGCCCCCGCCUGCCAAGUCGCUGUUAAGCCGAACCGCGACGACUCCAGUCAGCCUUACCAUUUUCAAUUCGCCGGAACUGGCGCGUUCCUUCUACCAGUAAGUUAUUUAGUGGCGUUAACGAUUAGUUAACGGCCUUACGUUUUGUCUGCACCAUGUAAAAAACCUAGUUUUGCACCGCGCAAAAAACCCUAUUCUGCACCGUGCAAAAACCCCAUUUUGCACCGUGCAAAAAUCGCAUUCGACACCGUGCGAAAAACCUGAUUCUGCACCGUGCAAAAAUCCCUUUCUGCACUGUGCAAAAACCCCAUUCUGCACCGUGCAAAAAUCGCAUUCUGCACCGUGCAAAAACCCCAUUCUGCACUGUGCAAAAACCCCAUUCUACACCGUGCAAAAACCCCAUUCUGCACUGUGCAAAAACCCCAUUCUACACCGUGCGAAAAGCCUGAUUUUGCACUGUUCAAAAACCCCAUUCUGCACCGUGCAAAAACCCCAUUCUGCACCGUGCAAAAACCCCAUUCUGCACCGUGCAAAAACCCCAUUCUGCACCGUGCAAAAACCCCAUUCUGCACCGUGCAAAAACCCCAUUCUGCACUGUGCAAAAACCCCAUUCUACACCGUGCGAAAAGCCUGAUUUUGCACUGUUCAAAAACCCCAUUCUGCACCGUGCAAAAACCCCAUUCUGCACCGUGCAAAAACCCCAUUCUGCACCGUGCAAAAACCCCAUUCUGCACUGUGCAAAAAUUACAUUCUGCACCGUGCAAAAACCCCUUCCUACACCCUGCGAAAAACCUGACUCUGCACCGUGCAAAGAUCGCAUUCUGCACCGUGCAAAAACCCCAUUCUGCACUGUGCAAAAACCCCAUUCUACACCGUGCGAAAAGCCUGAUUUUGCACCGUGCAAAAACCCCAUUCUGCACUGUGCAAAAAUUACAUUCUGCACCGUGCAAAAACCCCUUCCUACACCCUGCGAAAAACCUGACUCUGCACCGUGCAAAGAUCGCAUUCUGCACCGUGCAAAAACCCCAUUCUGCACCGUGCAAAAACCCCAUUCUGCACCGUGCAAAAACCCCAUUCUGCACUGUGCAAAAACCCCAUUCUACACCGUGCGAAAAGCCUGAUUUUGCACUGUUCAAAAACCCCAUUCUGCACCGUGCAAAAACCCCAUUCUGCACCGUGCAAAAACCCCAUUCUGCACCGUGCAAAAACCCCAUUCUGCACCGUGCAAAAACCCCAUUCUGCACUGUGCAAAAACCCCAUUCUACACCGUGCGAAAAGCCUGAUUUUGCACUGUUCAAAAACCCCAUUCUGCACCGUGCAAAAACCCCAUUCUGCACCGUGCAAAAACCCCAUUCUGCACCGUGCAAAAACCCCAUUCUGCACCGUGCAAAAACCCCAUUCUGCACUGUGCAAAAAUUACAUUCUGCACCGUGCAAAAACCCCUUCCUACACCCUGCGAAAAACCUGACUCUGCACCGUGCAAAGAUCCCUUUCUGCACUGUGCAAAAAUCCCAUUCUGCACCGUGCGAAAACCUGUUUUUGCACUGUGCAAAAACCUCAUUCUGCACCGUGCAAAAAUCCCAUUCUGCACCGUGCAAAAACCCCAUUCUGCACCGUGCAAAAACCCCAUUCUGCACCGUGCAAAAAUCACAUUCUGCUUGAAAAAACGUAAUACGUAAUAUCAGUCUUUCGGGAAAAUAAUAUGCAUUUUUCGCAACGAAAUGUGUCGCCUCAUCGCAGUCGCACAGUAAAUCCCCAGCCGUGGCUGGCCGUUGCACAGCGAUGAUGAGAUUUCACGGCGCGACGAAUCCAUAUUAUUUUUGCGACAGACUGACAUAUUUAUGAUCUCCAUCAAUUUCUCACAUUUUCAGAGUUGUGGAGCAACUUCUCCGUCUGCUGAGUCGUGCGCCGGACGCGGAACCAAUGGUUCUGGAGCUUCUGCGGACCGCGAUUGUCUUUCCUUCCGUGUCGCGGCGGGGAGAGGCAUUGAAACUGUUGAAGCGAACCUUCUCAACACAGUCCAGGUUCCUCGAAUUUAUGGAUCUCUGCGCCAAAGAGCCGCAGUUCUGGCCGCUGAUUCUGAGCUGUUUAGAAGAGUGCGUGAAGCAAGGGUCGACGGAGACGGCAAUCGACGCGGUCAAGGCGACAUCGGCGUUGGUAAGGGCGAUAGUUGAUAGGAGAUGUGCUUCAAGUGCGACGCUCAGAUUUUCUUUAAAUUUUGCUCAAAAUUUGAGCAUAGAUCAGUUUUUGAUGAAAUUAGCUCGCGUUUUACUGGAAUGGCCGAAAUAUUGAACGAUUUGUGCCGCCGAGAGAGUAUGCGAAACGCGGAGAGCGGUCAGAGAUAUAAAAACACUUUUUGGCCUUAUCUUGGCCAGUUUCGCAAGGAAAAAACUGAUUUUUAAGGAGACGUUACCCCCUACUGCAGAAAUAGGCAUGAAACCUUACAUGCCAAAAUUUGCAAAAAAGUGGUACAUAACUUUCGACUUUUAAAUAUCUCGAUCGAAUCGGCAAAAUGAGAGUCAUAUGUCUUUAAAGACAUUUUCCUAGAUUUACGUCAAGCUUCAUCAAAAAAUUUGAGCACCGCAUUUGGAGGCAUACUCAAAGUUUUGAUGGAUCUUAAAAGUCGUUAAAAUCACGCUAAAUUUUUGUUUUCAACUUUUGUCGAAAACUUUUUUUGCCAGUUAUCGGUAUGUCGGGAAAAUAAUGGGCACUCUGUCGUAUUAAAAAUCGCAUUGCCCGGGAAAAUGAAUUGUGUCGCGUCAAAAUCAAAUUGUUUUCACUUCAGCGACGCGAUUGGCGCAUCAAAAUUGCGCUCAUUAUUUUCCCGACGCUGAUUUUUAAGCAACUUUUAAAAAACACACAAAAAAUUUCAGUUCAACGGUCUGAAUGGGCAGUUAAACCCGAAGCUCAUGGAUCAGCACAACACUCUUGUCUUUGAGAUCCUGAAAACUGCCAACAACGCUCGAGGUCAUGGACGGGUCGGUGCGGGGAUGAUUCAAAUCUCGCGACAGCGGAAAAAAGAGAAGCUCAACGAGGAGUCAGCAAAGCUGUUUGUAACAAAGUUGAAAGAGAAUGUAAAAGCGUGGAGUGAACUGGACAUUGCUGAAGACGUGGACAAGAAAAUAUUAGAGUUUUCGGAGAGCAUAUCUAAUGGUAAAAUUUUUUUAUUUUUGGAUAAAAAUGUGACUGUGUUUAGAAUUUUCCCAGCUCGAACCGGAAGAAGGAGAAAGUCCGGCGUUUCUGAAUACCGAUACCGCAUAUCUCACUACCUACGCUGCUUUGUCGUUUGGUUUGAGGCUGAAGACUUCAGAGCCGGAGAAGGUAAGCAAUCUCUCAAAUCUUUGCCCACCGGAAGCUGUUGCUCCGACUUUCCUUAACGUUUUUUGAAAGGCUCUGUAAAAUUUUCCGAACUUUGUAGUAUCAGUCUGUCUUAAAAAUAAUGUGGAUUCGUCGUGCCUUGGAAUCGCUGACGGCUGGAGAUUUGGAGCGAGAAGGUGCGACGAGGCGAGACAUUUUACUGCGAAAAAUCCACAUUAUUUUCCCGACAGACAGUAAUGUGUAGCAAGUACAUUUUUAGGCCUUUGUCGGUUCGUUAGAACGAGUUUAAAAAAAAAUUUGUGUUUAAAUAAUACACCAGAAUUUGCGCAACUGUAUGCAAUAUGCCUUUGAUGCAUACGACAUGAUGACUUUUUCUUUUCCUUUACAGGCCCUGUUCUUCGACCAAAUCAACGGCUCCGGCUGUAUGAUCUACGCGAAAGACCAGUGGCUCAACUCGAUCUUUGACUACUUGUUAGACGCCGAUUUGUUUGACGAAAUCCCGGCGCCCGAGAACACUGUGCUCUAUCAGGCAGUUGACGACUACGACGGCUACAAUGGCCAAAAAAUGUCGUUUGUCCGGAAAGAAGAGGAAAUAGAAGUGGCCGAUGUGCGAUAUCAGUACUGUAGGUGCCUUUACUCCCGUUAUAAAUUGCCUGUUUAGUCAGGCAAUGGCUGAAGGACAUGUUUGCGGCAAGCUGGAGUACAAUCCUAUACCUCUUGACAAAAUUUUCAUUGAGUUUGGAUCGGAAAAACAUGGCCGAUAAGAUUCAAAUCGACGCUACGGAGGCCACAUUUGAUGCCACAUUGUCGCUGAUGUAUUUGUUGAUGAAAUUACGUAAGUUUCGAGCUGUGAAGACCAAGUAAAACUAAAAGGAAAUAACUCUUAAAGCGCCGCUUAUAUUUCGAUGAAACUUGGCGCAAAUUUAAAAUCAUUUUUUUUUGAGAUCUAUCCGACACUCUUGGCUAACACUUUUUUAGAAAGGAACGAGAUUUUGAGGUCAAAAGUUGUCGGAAAUUUGAAAUCGGAGUUUUUGAAAACGGAGUUUUUUCACUUGGAGAGGGAUGUAUUUUGCCACAUUUUUGAUACUUCCUGUGCAAAAUGAUACGUUUUUUGCCAAUGAAUCAGACCCUCCACUGUAUGUCCAACGUGUGUGAAAAAUUUAAAGAAAUUCUGAGGGUCGGAAUUGGAGUAAUUCGCUUGUAAAUUUACCCAGCUGUACAUAUUAGCGCAACUAAAUAUUCCAGGCCUCUCAUCCGAGCUGAUCUGGGUGUUCGAGAGGAUCGGCGAGGAGAUCUGCCUUCUCGAAGACCUCCGCGAAUUCAUCUAUCAAAACAUUGGCCUCGAAACCAAGAAGCCUUGGAGAAUCAACCGGAUCGACGCGCUUUGCCUGGGCAUCCUGCUUGACCACUCCAUCGACGUUGGAGUUCUCUCGCCGCAGUCGCUCAAGUACACGGUCCGAGUGAUUGAGUACAUCGUGGAGUUGGAACGAUACUCGUUUCGACUUACAAAGACGGCGAACACAACGUAUGACGCGAACGAGACAUCGUUGAAUGGAUUGCUAUCCAAGGUCUCGCAGAAUGAGCUCUCGUUGGCGACGGUGGGCAGGGUGUUGGAUGAGCUGAUGCUGAAGAUUGAUACGUGAGUCGAAUUUGGGAAAGUCGCGUCGUGUUUUAAACUUUCUAUCGAUUUGUUGGAAAAAUAAUGAGCCUAAUGUCGCUGUGCCGAUCGCGUCGCUGAAGUGAAAAUCAGUUUGAUUUUUUUUGCUUCACGAUUCAUUUUCUCGGCGGCGAUGCGAUUUUAGAUGCUACAGAGUGCUCAUUAUUUUCCCGGCAGAUCGAUACGUAGCUUUUUGGGUUGAAAAUUUACUGUCUCUUGAGACGCCACUUUUAAGUUAAAAAAUAACCGGUUGAUUUGCUGUGGAGUCUCUAAGAUAAUAAAUAUGAAAACCGCUGAUUCCAGCGGCCUCUGUGAGCCGAGAUAUCGGUCUGUCGGGAAAACAAUGUGGAUUUUGUCGAGCCUUGGAAAUCAUCAUUGCUUUGCUAUCCACGGCUGUAGAUUUUCUGUGCGACUACAACGAAACAAAGAAAUUUUGCCACGGUAAAUCCACAUUAUUUUCCCGAGAGACUGAUAAUCAACCAGAAAGUUUGACCUGAACCAGUUUUUCCUUCGGUUUUCCGAUAUUGUAUGUUGAAAAAGCGCUUUCAGUUUCUUCGACACCGCCUCGAAGAGCCUAAACCUUCACGCUCUCUGUCACCUUCUUAAAUUCCUCUGCACCGCCGAUGAAGACAACCUCCGGAACAUUGAAAUUACACAGUCUAAAAACGCCGUCGAUGUCAUAAUCUCCAGCUGCGCGUUGCCGCGAAUUUCGCGGAUUGUAACGGGUUCAGUCCAGGGCAGACCGCAGAUCCACUUGAUGCGAAUCUGGGGUGCUGUCAAAGAGCAUUUGGUUGAGGUGGGUUAACAUGCCUAAGGCAAUGUUUUCAAAUUUAGGCCGCCUCCUCCAAAUACCCGGUCGAAAUCAACAAGUUGGCCUUGUCCGCGAUUUACGAUAUCAUUCGCGCCAUGUUGAACAGCGAGACGAAUGGCUCAACGUUUUCGCAAAGCCUCUUCAACGCGUAUUUGGAUAUUGUGUGCUUCAAUGUUUGCAAUGAGGAGACUCAAGAGCACGUGGUCUCGAACCUGGCCACCUUCAUCGAGGACAGCCCGGAUCAGCUGGGAAGCGGCUGGAAACCGUUGUUCGGAGCGUUGAAGGCGAUCCGAAUAUCUCCGGCGAAGGAGGCUGGUAAGCAUUUUCGUUGCCUUAAGAUUACUUCUUACGGUUUUUAGCGGACGAUGAAGUUGUAUAUUCUCCAUUGACAUCAGCCAACUACGCUGUACUGGAUGUGUUCAAGAAGUACAUGAGCAUUACGGAUGGAGAGAUUGUGCUGCCGACGGCAAUGGAGUUCAUUCAUUGUAUGGUUCAUUACCUGCAGUCUACGGAUGGACUGGAUCAACGUAGGUUUUUCGCUGAAAGCUAGGGAAUCUUGACGCGAAAUCAAGGCCACAUUGCGAUGAUGAUAUUAGCAUUUUCACAAAGUGCCUGGACAUUUUUUCGCCCUCGCACAGUGCAUCUUGAAUUUUUGUCGCCAACGCACUGUGGAUUUUGCAAACCUCAAAAAGACCGUUUGCACUGUGCGAAUUCUCGCGGCGACGCAGUUGAGAAUAGCUUGUGUCGCAGCGAUAUUUCAAAUUCACAGUGCAAAGCCAAAAAAGCUCAAUGCACGGUGCACGUCAAACUGAGGAGUCCGGUGACCGGAAUAGACUCUUCGCUAUCGGUUUUUUACACUUCGUCUUGAUUUCGCAGAGAAAGAGAGAAAAAAGACAGGCAAAAUCGUACUCUCUCGCCCCAAAAAUUCCCCAUUUCUUCCCCGACAAAACGUUUUUUCGCGUCUUUUUUUGGCAAAUUACCAAUCCAUUCACCGGACUGUUUUAGCUUAUCUCAGUUUGACGUGCGGUGCAAAAAAUCUAGGGCUUGUGGCACACGCCGCGACAAAUGUCCAGGCACUUUGUGAUUCACUCUGUCGGGAAAAUAAUGAGAACUCUGUUGCAUUAGGAAUCGCAUGGCCGCCGAGAAGAUGAAUAGUUUAGUCUGUCGGGAAAAUAAUGGGCAAAAUUUCGAAAACAGUACGGGGUGUUUUUUGUGUAUAGUAUGGUGCAAGCCGCGACAAAUUCCUAUGCACUUUAUGAAAAUACCAUCUGUCUGUCGGGAAAAUAAUGAGCACAAUGUCGCUGGGCCGCUCGCGUCGCUGAAGUGAAAAGCAAUUUGAUUUUGACCGCGACACAAUUCAUUUUCUCGGCGGCGAUGCGAUUUUCGAUGCGACACAGUGCUCAUUAUUUUCUCAACAGACUGAUAGGAAAGUUUUAUCAAUUUUUUGCCCAAUUUAUCCACUGAUAUCGACCGUUUUUGCUUCUUUCAGUACCUCAAGACCCGGACGCAGCGCCCUCCAAGGAGAGUCAGCGAGACACGGCGAUUGGAGAGACUGUAUUCUCAUUCAUCAACGUUCUGCAAGCCCGUCUUAUUGGCUACUUCAACAACCCCUCCGUCCGACCGGUUCCGUCGUUACUCAGUCGACUUCAACAUCGGGAACAGGCCUUGGAAUUCUGUGACCAAAGCCGAAUGGAUGAGAAAUUGGAAGAGUUGACGGAUCUGGCAAAUUAUCUGCAAGAGGAUCAAACUUUCGGUGUGGAUCCUUCGAAACUGAGUUAUCGCUUGGCUAGUAAGUCUUAUUUAUUGUAUCAUUGGGAAGAUCAGGCAGAAUGAAUCAGUUUUCACGGCCAAAAAGAGGGGCGUUUUGGGUAAGGUUUGUAUAGAGUGCGCGGGCACGUUUUCCUUUCAUCGCGAAGUCGCCCACGCACCGUGCAAUUUGCUGGUUUUCGCACAGUGCAAACUUGGAAAAGCGGUUUGCACUGUGCGAAUGAUUCGCCAAAACCGCAGCGACGUAGUUGGAAAAAGCUUGCGUAUCGGCGAUAAUUUGAUGCACCGUGAAAGAACUAAUGGUGCACUGUGCAAAUUAGGGUCUGCACCGUGCAUUUUGCCACUCGGCAAAAGGUCUACGCACUUUAUGAAUUUUUGGUACCUCUUUCUCUCAAGGGAUUGGGCGUGGGAAAAAUCUAUGCGAGGAGGGACCAAGGUAAUUCUGGUGACAAGAAACUCUUCUGUGGCAAAUAAAACCGUUCCCACAAAUUUUGGAUCAGCCAUGAAAGUUGCGGAUCCCUUACUUAGCCACAUCUUUGACUAUGAUUUUUUUUCAGGAAAGUCCCUACAACUUCCUUGGACGAACUGGACGGACACUCAAAAAUGCGUCGCCGAACUCCUUGUCGGUUUCAUCGACGAACUUUGUGGCCUUUUGUUGACCUGUUCGCGUCAAAUCCUCUCAACUUUACUUGUGCAAUUCACUGACUUUGUCAAAGCCAUAUCUGACUCGCCUUUAGGUAAGAUUUAGCCUUCUUUCUGCUAUUAUUUUUUCAUAAAGUGCAUGGACAUUUUUUCUUGUCGCACAGUGCAUUUUGAACUUUUUUCCAGGCUUGUCGCCAAUGCACGGUGCAGUUUUUCUUUUCGCACAGUGCAAACUCAAGAAGAGCCUUUUGCACUGUGCAAAUUUCUGGCGCUGUCGCAGCGACGUGGUUGAAACGUGCUUUUUAUCGCUUGCGAUAUUUCGUUGCACGGUGCAAAAAACAAAGAAAAAAAUGGAAACGGUGCAGGAAUCCUUCAAUUGCGACCCAAAAUGGGGUAAAGCGACACCGCACGUCAAACUGAGGAGUCCGGUGACCGGAAUAGACUCUUCGCUAUCGGUUUUUUACACUUCGUCGUGAUUUCGCAGAGAACGAGAGAAAAAAGACACGCAAAAGCGUACUCUCUCGCCCCAAAAAUUCCCCAUUUCUCCCGCGACAAAACGUUUUUUCGCGUCUUUUAUUGGCAAAUUGCCAAUCCAUUCACCGGACUGUUUUAGCUUAUCUCAGUUUGACGUGCCCCGUAGUGAAAAUUUUAAAAUUUUUUUGGGAAAAACUUGGUUUAGGGGUUCUCGAGGGUGCUGAUUUCGAAAAUCGUGUUCAUUUUUGCUGAAAAAGCCCCGGAAAUGGACUUAAUGCUUGAUUAUGAUGGGGUUAAGACACAUUAUUUAGGCCAGGUCGUCACACGAGUUUGGGGAAUAGGUCGGGAGCCAGUGAAGUUCAGAAAAAAUGAAGACGAUUUUUGAAAUCAGCAGUCUAGAAAGCCCCUAAACCAAGUUUUUCCUCAAAAAAAUCAAAAAAUUUUUACCCCGGCGUCGCCUUACCCCAUUUUGGGUCGCAAUGUAAUUCCACAAUGCAAAAUUGGGGUUUUUAUGCACUAUGCGGGCCACGACAGAUUUCCGUGGACUCUAAAAAUAAAUGAAAUUCUUACAUUACUGCCAAUUUUAGGAGUCGACUUUAGUAUUUUCAUCAUCUGCGCCACAAUCAUCCCGUCAUUGCAAAAAUGGUCCCGUCGGGAAGUCGAUGGCUUCGUUCCUUCCAGCCAGAUCUCGGUUAGCGCAAGGAAUUUGAAACAAGCCGCCACGGUGGUGACGGAAAUGGUUGGGGAAAUCAUAAGGUAAGACUAGCAAAAAUUUAUUCUAACUUUAUUCGACUAUUUUUUAGCAAUGCCCCAUCAAAUCCGUCAAGUGAAGCCCUUGCAUAUGAUAUUUUCUCUUUUUUCAACGAACUUUUAUCCCAUUCAUCGCCAUUUGUCGCUGGAACUGGAAGCGCUUGCUUCCGACAUCUGGUCAACUCGUUCGGCAAGGACUUUGAGGAGAAUGUCUGGGAAGUCGUGUGUUCGUCGUUGUGGAAAGCAAUGUAAGCUGGCGAAUGCGUAAUAUAAUUCGGCAUGAAAGGUUGAAUUGUGGACGAACUUUUCACUAUCCGCAUUCAGUCUUUCGCUGUCCGCAAUUGAGAAUUUUUUCCGGUCCGCACUUCCUUCUACUGUCCGCAAACACGGUUUUCGAUGGCACUGAUUUCGAAAAUCGUAUCCAUUUUUUCUGAAUUUUACAAUUUCGUAUUUUGCAGUAAAAAAUCAAAAAAUACUUCUGAUGAGAGUGGGAUUCGAACCCACGCCUCCGAAGAGACUGGUGCCUUAAACCAGCGCCUUAGACCGCUCGGCCAUCUCACCACAAUAACCGAGGUUAUGAUUUACUUUUUCGAUUUGAAGAGGGGGCCCUAUUCAUAUGUAAGAAAACUCCCAUAGCUUUGAAAGCGGUGGAAUUCAAAUAAUUGUUGUCCCAUUCGUGUUGUCAAUGUAGGGACCAGGGGUUGUCAAUGCAGCAUUUCGGUUGAAGAAUAGUUAUUGUAAUUGGCAAAUUUCAGCGGUUUGGAGUUUUUGUCUAACGGGCGAGAAAUCCCGGGUUUCUGCGAAAAGUAUAGUGCCCGACAAUUAAAAGUGAAGUCUCGAUUCUGAGCCCGAUAUUGCCCUGAGGCACAAGGUGUUCCCCUAGGCCUCUUCGGUACCCUACGCCGAUACAGAGUGCCAAUUUUCAUACAUGUGCACUUUAAACGCACUGUGCAACGGGCGAUUGAAAAAUUUUUGGGCGACAAUUAAAAGUGAAGUUUUUAAUUUUUGGACUUACCUGACCUUUUGAGGGAUCUGUUGGGACGGAAACCGUGCAGAGACAUAGUCAGGGUUACAGUGAAGAGCCCUAGACACAAUUUUCGAAAAUUAUCCAAAUUUUUUAUGGUACCAUUUCCCGGCAUCAAGACGCGGGGUUUAUGUGCCACAAAACGGGGCGUUUAGGCACAAUUUGUUGUAAGACUGGUAAUUUUAUGAUGCUGAAUACAUUUUCUGACUAUCUUCAUACAAAUAAUGCUGUGAGUUUGUCAAAUUUUGGCCCGCUUCAAAGCGUGCUUAUCGACAACGGUACUAGUCAAGGAGAAUAUCGAUGCAAUUUCGAAAGAUGUGUCUAGGGCUCUUCACUGUAACCCUGACUAUGUCUCUGCACGGUUUCCGUCCCAACAGAUCCCUCAAAAGGUCAGGUAAGUCCAAAAAUUAAAAACUUCACUUUUAAUUGUCGCCCAAAAAUUUUUCAAUCGCCCGUUGCACAGUGCGUUUAAAGCGCACAUGUAUGAAAAUUGGCACUCUGUAACGGCGUAGGGUACCGAAGAGGCCUAGGGGAACACCUUGUGCCUCAGGGCAAUAUCGGGCUCAGAAUCGAGACUUCACCUUUAAUUGUCGGGCACUAUAAAUAAGAACGCUCGCACCUUAUACAUAUGCAUAGGGUUGUUUAUUUUACCAACCCUUUCAAAUCAAAAAAGUAAAUCAUAACUUCGUUUAUUGUGGUGAGAUGGCCGAGCGGUCUAAGGCGCUGGUUUAAGGCACCAGUCUCUUCGGAGGCGUGGGUUCGAAUCCCACUCUCAUCAGAAGAUUUUUUUUGAUUUUUUUAUUGUAAAAUACGAUUGAUUUUAUCUGCAAACAAUUUUAUAUUGAUAUGACAACCACUGUGUUGCGGCAAGUCCACAUUAUUUUCAUGACAGACUGCUAUAGAGUCCGUGAUUUAUUUUACCAAACCGAAAAAGUAAACCAUAGCCUCGCUUGUUGUGGUGAGAUGGCCGAGUGGUCUAAGGCGCUGGUUUAAGGCACCAGUCUCUUCGGAGGCGUGGGUUCGAAUCCCACUCUCAUCAGAUUUUUUUUCCUUUUUUACUAACAGGGGAAGUACUCCAAGUGCGACGCUCAGAUUUUCUUUAAAUUUUGCACACACGUCGGGUAUGGACUAAAUAUCAAUUCCUGAAAGUUUUAGCUCGCGCUUUACGGGCGCCGCCGAAAAAACAUUAUCCUUUACGGUAGAAAUCGACAUGAAACUUUUCUUGCCGAAAUUUGGCAAAAAGUCCAAAAUUUUUGCCGACUUUCGAUCUAAAAAUCUCGGUUGUUUCUGCAAAGCGCGAGCUAGGAUUCUCGCAUAUGUCUUAGAAAAAAUUAUUCUAAAUUUGUGCCAAGUUUCAUCAAAAUAUGAGCGUCGCACUUGGAGCACUUCCCUCGUAAAUAAGCAAUUUUAAAUAACAGAAACAAUAUACAUAUUUUCCACGACAAAUCCCCUAAAAUUCUCUUCAAUUUCCUUUUCUUUACAGACCUUUUUUCAGCUGCCUCAGCCUCAUUCCCAUCCGCAAAUUGAUAGCCAAAUUUGUCCCUAACUCGGUGGACCUGAACGGCGAUAUUGGAGAGGUGCAUGUGGUUGUGAAGGAAAACUGCCGCCAGCUAGACCUAACGGAAUUCAAGAUCAUGUGUCAUCAGAUUUUCCAAAUCGAAAGCACCAAGUCUCCGCAAAACAAGAGCAUUGAUCUGGAAGUGGAGAUGAGCAAAAUACAGUUCAACUAUGUCUUCGUUUUUCGACCAAAAGGAACGGAAAAAGUCGCUCAGGCUGAUCGGUAAGUAAAGUUAUUUGCAUGGGAGGUGGUCCAAGUGGGGCGCUUAGAUUUUUUAAAUAUUUGGCAGGGAUUUCGGGCAUAGGCUACAUAUCAACUCCUGAAAAUUUUAGGUCGCGCUUUGCAGGCACAGCCGAGAUAUUGAACGAUCUUUGCGGCCGAGAGAAUACGCGAAACGCUGAGAGCGGAAAGAUUUGUUUUUUUUGUGGAAACCUUACCCUAUACAAUAAAAAGAGACAUGAAACUUUUCAAGACAAAAUUUCGAAAUUAAAAUUCUCUUUUUUACCAACUUUCGACCUAAAAGUCUCGGUCUUUUCUGCAAAGUGCGAGUUAGGGAUCUGGCGUAUGUCUUGGAAAGACUUAGUCUAAAUUUGCGCCGAGUUUCAUUGAAAUCUGAGCGUUUUAUUUAGCUUAUUUUCCCUGUGAGUCGUGAUAAUAAUGAUGGUCACGAAAGUUCUCGGCUUUUUUUAAUACAUGGAAACAUUUUCCCUGCCUAACUUAUACAAAAUGUACGUAUAUUUUCAGAGCGGUCUCAAUGGACGAGAUCAUCUCCGGCCUGAUGUCAGCGCAAGCCCUCCUUCAGCUCUUCUCUCAACUCCUGGUUGGCCAAGUUCACUCCUCCCAAUUGGGUGAAUCCAUCACUCGAACACUCUCCUGCCCACAGGGCGACAAACCGCUGGCCUCGGCGUUAUCUCAAAAGCAAUUGGGAGUCCUCGUGGCAUGCCUGGAUGGGAUUAACUGUGUCGCUGACGAGUUCGACGUCCGCCCAGCGCUCAAAUAUCUGCUGCAAAAGCUGAUCAAUGGCGAUCAGCCCGCCAAUCUGUAUCGACUGUCCGUGGCGAGCAAGGCGAUCAAACUGCAGACGGUUUUUGAGCUGGCAAAGCAAGGAGAGCCGACAAAGUAG